AUAUUAAUAGGAGAACUAGAAUGUUCAGAAGAGAACAUUGCUAGGAACAGAACUUUGUAUAUAUAUAUAUAUAUACAUGACUACCGUUAUAUUUAUUUUAAGCGUGGAAAACGAACUGUAUACACAUCGCCAAAGAUGAAAUCAAUAAGGAAAGAAUAUAGAAUGUUAAGUAAGAAAGAAAUACAUAAUCUACAUAAAGCGAUGAAUGCUUUGAAGCAAAGAAUGAUUGAUAAUAUCUCUGUUUGGGAUCUAUUUACUUAUAUGCAUUAUCCGGAUAAUGCACCAGGAGCACACUGGGGUCCAGCUUUUCUGCCGUGGCAUCGAGAAUUUCUCAGAAAAUUUGAAGUGGCGUUGCAAAAAGAAUUACAGGGUGUUUCACUUCCAUAUUGGGAUUCAACUCUUGAUCAUGGUCUACCCGAACCUAGUGAUAGUAUUCUAUGGACAGAUUUCAUGCUAGGAAACGGCAAUGGUUUCGUGAAAACUGGACCAUUUGCGGACUGGAACGCAAAUACUGAUAUGCCUUUAAGUCCUGUUUCUAUAAAAAAAUUAUACAGAUCAGUGGGAGGAAGAGAGUUUAAUCGAUUGCUAUCAGUUCGCGACGUGAAUUGGAUUGAAAGACGACAACAUUAUCGCGAUCUUACUUUUUGUCAUGAUAAAACAUUUGAGUCGAUGCAUGGUUUAUCACAUGCUUGGGUUGGCGGUUAUAUGUAUGUUUUGCGUGUUAGCCCAAAUGAUCCUGCGUUUUAUCUGCAUCACGCUUUUAUAGAUUAUCUUUGGGAAAGAUUUAGAAUAAAAAGGCAGACGAGAUAUCAGCGCGAGAACGAUUAUGCUACGAAAAUUUGUGAUAAUCUUCAAGCGUUAAAUGCCACAAUGAUACCGUUUAAUAUAACUAAUAAAGAGGGUUUAUCAAAUGAAUAUACAGAUAAAUGGUACGAAUACGAACCAGUCCGUCACUGCUACGAAUUAGAUCCGUAUUGCAAAUCGAAAUUUUAUUUUUGUGAUCGACGAGUAUGGCGUUGUAGAAGUAAGAUUCAAAUUGGAGGAAAUUGUACAGGGUUCUCGGAUUUCGACAUUUGCUAUAAAUCCGAAUCUUUAUCAGGAGAUAAAGAGGAAAAACAUGUACUGAAAUCGAAUGUGAAGAAAAAUGAGAUUGUAUAUGCGAAAACAGUCCUAAUUGGGAAAUCCGGACUUCCUUUAACAGAUCCCCGUUGCUAUGUAGAGAUACGUAAUAUGCUGAAAAAUGGUGAUAUUAUUCGAAAUUACGUUGAAAAAUCCAUAAAAAGUCCCGAAAUUCCGGGUCUUAUAUAUUUAACUAUGCCGAAACCUCAUACUGGUCUCUCACAGAUUGUGCAACUUGAAGCUCGUGAUCAGUAUGGUCGCUACUGCCAAAUGUAUUGUUACAACAUAUCAUCAGAUAACUUUGAUGUUUGUGAACCAAAAAUAACAAUAGAUGUCCGAUUUCCAAAUGGCACGAACUUGUCAUAUACUCAUAGCGCAUCUUCUCGAAAAUAUCUUGACGUCGAUUUAUCCUUCCAUCCUUCAAAAAUAACCAUUCGUACACCAAAUAUUGUUUUUCUAUGCACAACAAAAUUAUUGGCACAGAUCGAAGUACGAGACGAAAAUAAUAAAAAUAAUUGGCGAUCAUCCAUUCAACAGAUAAGAUCGAUAGAUGAUUUUAACAUAAUUUUUGUUCGGGUGCCAAAUCCAUUCGCAACAAUGAAGCUUACCUCUAUAAAAAUAUCAAUCACGCAGGAUGGAAAAAAAGUGAAUUGCGAUACGAAGUGCCUCUCGAUGAAGAAAUGCGAUGCCACCGUAAAUUUAAGUACUGAUGCUUCAUUUUCCGAUGAGCAAAUUUUUACAACGGACCGCUCCAUGAUUGAGGUUUUGGGAUGGAACAUGACGGGCCAUCCAUCGUUAUGGACACACAAAAUGACUUACCUUAAUUUUUACUGUUGA